GGGUUCAAGAGGAACCGCUGCCGACCCUGUACCGUACUUGCUGCAGCUAGCUGCUACAGCUAAGGAGCUGCAUUAUGACUGACUACUCUCGAAGACAGAAUGUGCUACAACAACUGAACUCUCAGCUGCAUUCUAGGAGAGAAGGGAUGCCUGACCUUGGAGUGACUGGCUCAAAGCUCCCCCUCCUUGACUCAACCAAAGGUAUCAAAGAGCUGAAACCGAGCAAGAUACCACGCCCCUUAACACCGACACGCCCCCUUCCAGCCACAGGCUAUGUCUCCGAGAUCCUCACAACUCACAAGUCCACACCUCACACGCCCACACCACACUCCAAUAAAGGCAUAAAGGUAGUCAUGCAUGGACUACCCCGAUCUAAUGGUAGUGAGGAGAUCCACAGAUGCACUCAAAUCAAGAAGACAGUAUCAUCAAAAACAAUCCCUAACAAUCAUCUAAAACGAGGCAGUCAGUCUGUUACAAAUGAGGCGAAGAAGACUACCAAAACAACAAACAAGAAAAAGGUUCCUAUAAAGUUGUCUGGAGAUAUUAAAAGAAGAAAAUCGAAGCAGCGGUAUCUAGCUGUCAAGUAUGGGAAGGUGUGGAUGAGGAAGGUGUUUGGACGGGUUCACCCCGCGGCUGCUAGGACCUGCCAUGCCCACCACCUGGUGAGGAGAGUGUUCCGUGUGUGGAGUGCCGAAUGGUGGACAGCACGAAGAGAGUGGAAGCUCAAUAUACGAGCAGAGUGCCAUGAUAGAUAUCGACUGUGGCAGUUGGUCUGGGCAGCAUGGACCCACUAUACCCUCGGUUGCAAAGAGAAGAGGAGGCUACGGCAAAUAGCCGAUGGCUUCUCCUCUACACACGUCACACGCCUGGCCUGGCAUGAGUGGCGGGAGUAUGUGGAUGUGAGGAGGGCGAGGGGCGUGGUCAAGAGACAGGCUGACGAGUGGAGGUGUGGUAGUCUGGUGAAGUGUGUCUGGGUGAGGUGGAGGGGGGCAGUAGAGGAGGUCAGGAAGAGGCGAGCUAUGGAGACACUGGCACUGCACCAUUGGGCACACAGGCUCACUGAACAGGUCUGGCAGGUUUGGUUGGAGCGACUUCACAUCAGACAAGUGCUGCAGCGUCAUGAGGAGCUGGCAGUACAUCACCACUCCCAGACUAUCCUCCUUAACACAUGGGCUGGGUGGCGAGAGUACAUCGUCAUCAGACAAGACAAGAAAGCAAUGAGAGGUCUUGCUGUGAGUGCUUAUUACUCUAAACUGGUCUCUCGUGUGUUUGAGACCUGGAGGGAAAGGUUUGAGAGAGCUCAGGAGAUUGCUCUAUUCCAGGAGCUAAUUAUAGAGAGAGGACAACUGGCUGUAAAGAGGAGAGUUUUUCAACACUGGAAGUUUUACAUAUCUCUUAGAGAGUACAAGGUGCACUUGUUGGAGCUGACUUCUCAGGUCAACCAGCUCUCACUGAAGAGGAGGGCUCUCCAUCGAUUCAGAAUGUACAACCAGCAUCAACGGAGAAAGGCAGUCAACCAACAACUAGCAGCUUCACAUCGGAUAAAACAGCUCCUGUUGUGUUCUUGGAGUGUGUGGCUGCGAGGGUGUGAGCAUCGUGAGGAGAUGAAGAUGGGCCCACAGACCCGAGUGGCCCAAGCUCACUUCACCUCCGUGGUCACCUGGAAGGUGCUGGCUGCCUGGGUGCAGUACACCAAUCAUCGCAGACAAAGGAACCAACUGUACAGAGUGGCAGAUGAACAGUUUAAGACUUAUGCUCUGCCACGGUGUUUUCGUGCCCUGAGGGUGAAUGUUGAGAUACAGCUAUACAAAAGAGACCAAAAGGAGACCGCUGAGGACUUCAGAAAGGAGACAGUACUGAAUAUGGUCUUCUACAAAUGGUGGAGAGGGGCUCAGUUCAGUCAGGACAUAAGGAUGCUCGGCAGAGUGGCCAUUCUUCAUGAUGAGGAGGUCAAGAAGAGGCAUCUGCUCAAACUGUGGAGGGCUCGUACUAGAGAGAGAGGGAGACACUCUGCACAAGAGGGGAUAGCUAACACUCACUAUCGCCACUGGAAGAUGAGUGUGGCUUUCUGCAAGUGGAACUCACGUUUGAAGGCAUUGCUGAUUAGGAGAGAGCAGUUGAGUCAAGCUUCUAGUCACUAUGGCAACAAGUUGAUAUGUGUUGUCUGGUCUGCCUGGAAAAGAUACAUUGGAAAGAGGAGGCAGUCUAAGGAAAGAAAAACGUUUGUCAACAAUCACUACAAAAAGAUUAUUGCCCACAAACUUCUACAAGCAUGGAAGACACACCUCUCUCUGUCUCGAGACAAGAGAGCCAGACUACUGAGAGUGCAAGGUCACUUCAGUGCAGUCCUACAAGGACGGGUCUUCAGCUCAUGGGUGGUGUAUGUGUCUGAGGAGAGAGUAAGGAGAGAGCUUCACUCUACGGCAGUGGGCCAUUUCGAGGCAGUCACUCUUAAGAAGUGUUUGAGUGUGUGGCUAAUCAGAACUGCUGAGAGUAUUGACAAUCGUAGUAGAGAGGACCAGCUUGUUGAAGAGACCACCCAUCUUCUCAGUAGAGCCAGACUCUCUCGAAUCUUACACCAGUGGCGAGACUACUCCAUCAGCAGUGUGGCCAUGCGACUAGCCAGAGGGAGGGCGGACACGCAUCAUAGUGCUGUACUCAAAAGAACAUGUUUCAGUGCUUGGUGGGGGCAUAAUCGGAGAAAACUUAGAGCAACAUUGCUGAUGAGGCAGGGAGAGUGGUUUAUGAGGAACAGGUUAUUGUCAGCUGCCUAUUCUCAAUGGAGAGUGCAGUUCAUGCACUCCCUGGUCCUAAAGCAGGCCUCAGUGGGAGCCCUAUGGCACUGGAGUGAGGUGUUGCAGCGUCGUUGUCUGGCUGCCUGGUUCCUACACACUCUGGAGCGAAGGAGGAAGAGAGAGAGGUACUCACAGGCUCUAGAGAGGCAUCGCAAGAGACUAGUCACCAUUGGGGUGUCCCAGUGGAUCAAGGUGGCCACUCAGCUACAAGCUCAGAGAGAAGCCAUUGCCUUACAGCACCAAGCAAAGAGUGCCCAAUCUGUGCUGGGAUGUGUUCGAAGGUGUGCCUCUCACUGGCUGGCAAUCACCAGGAGAAGUAGAGGCUCUCACCACCACAAACUGAGGGGUCACGGGGUCACUAAUGACCAUACUGUCAGAGUGGUGUCUCCAGACAGCAGGGGUGGAGGAGUGCAGGAAACUGGAGGCUGGGCCUCUCUUCUAAAGAAUCUACAGCUGCCUGAUGGAAGUCGUACAGAGAGGCCUCGACCAAGAAAGCCCCCCUCACACACCACCAUCACCCCACUCAUCACACACCCUCACACUGACGUUCAACCAAGAUUGCCGCUCCUACCAGUACCACACCCUCCAAGUCAAGACCUCCCUCAUAGUUCCUUUACGUUUCUCACCUCAACUUGCAGCGAACCUUCAAACAUUGAGGAGAGUGUUACGCCAGGAGACACAUACAUUGUCGAUAAUCCAUCGCCUCAGCACUUAGAGACUGAUGAUUAUUACACGAUUCAAACUAUUUCACCGCUUGUUGAUGCUAGUACACCUCGCUACAAGCUACAACCUUUGCUUCUUACACACAGUGAUUCUUCAAGCUCUCGAAUGUCUGAUCAAUUUAACAGUCAAGAAGAUGUCUACACACCAGCACACAGUCCUGUUAUAGAACAGCCAUUGGAACCGGCUCUCUUACUCCCCACCUUGACAGAUCCAAGUGUACAGAGGGAGCUAGUGCAGAUGAGAGACACUCUCAAACACUUCCACCAACUCAAAGCAAGGAAAAAAUUGUUGGAAAGGAAUCUGACGUCUCUCACUGAUCAAGGCAACUCUGAGGAGCUUCUCAAGGUGAGGCUGGAGUUGGCUUCAUUGAGUCGGAUGGUUUCUUCAAAGGAACCCCUGAUCAAGCAGUGUGCUCUCAGAAUCAAUGAACUAGUCACUCAAACUGGACUUGUAAGCUAGAACUCGUACUCAUUCCCAUUAAUUUAAUGCCUAACUUUACGAUUCUCAAAUGAUCACCAUCAAUAUUUUUCGUGUCUAAGAUUUGAUAUUGACUUUCAAAACA